AUGAUAUCCCAGGUAAAAGAGAUGUACCAUGGUGGCCAGCCCCAGGGGGCUGGAUCAAACAGCUGUGCACAUACAUCGUACACCCGACGUGAGCUUUUGGAUAUUGGUUUACGACUUCCUGACAGUUUUAUGGACAACCUUCAUCUCCUUCCUGAGAUCACCAGAGCACCCGAGGCAGCUCACUCUACACGGCCGGGCGGAAGUGCUCGCAGGCGGCGUCGAGAUCGUAAACAAAGGCGGGGGAAGCGUGGUGGAGUGAAAGCUAAGCUAAAGCUAACACCACACCGGCUCUCUUUACCCAGCAUCUUCCUUGCCAAUGUUCGGUCGCUGGAAAGGUUUCUACACACAGACUGGAGUACAUUUGCUUCUCAGGCCACCAGUGACUCUCACACAGACAUUGACUGCUACACCUCCUCUGUUCUGGAUUACAUCAGUUCCACCACAAACAGUGUUACUACCCAGAAACAGAUCAUUACAUACCCUAAUCAGAAGCCAUGGAUGAACAAGGAGGUGCGCCUCCUGCUGAAGGCACGCACUACUGCCUUCAGGUCAGGUGACGCUCAGGCCUACAGCACAUCCAGAGCUAACCUGAAGAGGGGCAUCAAAGAGGCCAAGCACUGCUACAAGCUGAAGAUAGAGGAGCAUUUUUCUAACUCUGACCCUCGGCGCAUGUGGCAAGGCAUACAGGCCAUCAGUGAUUACAAAUCCUCCCACUCCACCCCCGCUGCCACUGAUGUCCUCUUUCUGAAUGAGCUUAAUGACUUUUAUGCUCGCUUUGAGAGAGACAACAAAGAAACUGCCACAAAGCUCAAACUCUCGGCUGAUCACUCUCCAAUCAAACUCUCCUCCACAGAUGUCUGCAAUGCACUGAGCCGGAUCAGCGCUCACAAAGCCGCUGGACCAGACAACAUCCCUGGUCGCGUACUUAGGGCAUGUGCUGAGCAGCUUGCUGGGGUCUUUACUGACAUUUUCAACCUGUCUCUUGCCCAAGCAGCUGUUCCCACUUGCUUUAAAUGUACCUCCAUUGUGCCAGUGCCUAAACACUCUAACCCAACGUGCCUGAACGACUACCGCCCUGCCCCAGACCAGGAGAAGUUGAACCAGCUGUGCCUGGUGCGAGCACUGGACACCAAAAUCCACAGGAUGGGUCCAUGGAGGAAGUCAGAUCAGCUGCUCCUCUGCUACAGGCUUGUGAGUAGAGGCCUCCCUGCUAACAAGCAGACUGUCAGAGCAGCUGAUCCUCCCUGCACCUUACUAGGCCUGCCCAAUCCACCUCAACUCAGCAAAGAUGGCGAUGUACUUAUUGGAGUUCAAGCAAUCAUAGGAGAAAUAUCAUCCAGUCCUUCUAUGGCAAUUUCUGUUACUGUAGGACCUUUGCACAUACCAGUGGUAGUGAAUGAGUUAAAGAAGCUCCGUUUCACCACUGCAAAUGGAGAGGAUGUAUAUUUUGAUGAAAAUGGAGACCCUGCAGCAAGGUAUGAACUGCUGAACUGGCAACAAAGCAAAGAUGGUAAAGCAGUGUUUGUUAAAGUGGGCUUCUAUGACAGCUCCCUGCAAAAACACAAUCAGUUGUCAUUUAACAACAUCAGUAUAACCUGGGCCCACAAUAAAUCAGAGGUGCCAGUCUCUGUGUGUAGUCCCAGUUGCCCUCCAGGCACCAGGAAAGCUGUACAGAAAGGAAGACCAAUCUGCUGCUUUGACUGUGUAUCAUGUGCAGAGGGGGAAAUCAGUAAUAUAACAGAUUCUAUAAAUUGCAUCAAGUGCCCACCUGAACUGUGGUCUAAUGACAAGAAAUCUGCAUGUGUGUUAAAGCUGGUGGAAUUCCUGUCAUUUGAGGAAAUAAUGGGAAUCAUCCUUGUAGCAUUUUCUUUGUUAGGAGUUUCUUUUACAAUUUUCAUUGCAGUAAUUUUCUUUAAAAACAAGGAAACCCCAAUUGUUAGAGCAAAUAAUUCUGAGCUGAGCUUCUUGUUGCUUUUCUCACUCUUUCUGUGUUUCCUUUGUUCGAUAACAUUUAUUGCUCAGCCUUCUGCAUGGUCCUGUAUGCUGCGUCACACAGCUUUUGGAAUCACAUUCGUCCUCUGUAUUUCUUGUGUUCUGGGAAAAACAGGGGUGGUGUUAAUGGCCUUCAGAGCUACACUUCCUGGUAGUAAUGCUAUGAAAUGGUUUGGGCCUCUACAGCAGAGACUCAGUGUACUUGCCUUCACUCUUGUACAGGUCAUCAUUUGUAUACUUUGGUUAACAAUAUCUCCUCCCUUUCCCUACAGAAAUAUGAUGUAUUACAAGGAAAAGAUCAUAUUAGAAUGUAAUGUAGGUUCAGCUAUAGGUUUCUGGGCUGUGCUGGGUUAUAUAGGACUUCUGGCUCUUUUAUGUUUUAUUUUGGCUUUUCUGGCCCGGAAGCUGCCUGACAAUUUCAAUGAAGCAAAAUUCAUUACAUUUAGUAUACUCAUAUUCUGUGCAGUUUGGAUCACUUUUAUUCCAGCUUAUGUCAGCUCUCCUGGAAAAUUCACUGUAGCUGUGGAGAUCUUUGCCAUUUUAACAUCAAGCUAUGGAUUAUUAUUCUGCAUAUUUGUUCCAAAGUGUUAUAUAAUCAUACUGGAACCAGAGAAAAACACUAAAAAACAAAUGAUGGGUAAAGCACCUGCUAAAUUAACUUAA